AUUUAAAUGGUUAAUGCGAGGAUUCAGUGGUCACUUACCCCCUGAACAACUAUUAUACCUAUGGGAUUUGAUUUUGGGAUACGAUUCGUUAGAAAUAAUUCCAUUGCUUGCUGUAACGAUAUUAAGUUUUAGGAAAGAAAAUUUAAUGCAAGUCAGCAAUUUACACAAUGUUGAGGCUGUUCUGUCGGAUCUUUCUUCUCUUAAAGUGAUGCCUUUGCUUCAAUUGGUCCUUUUAAAAGAGUGAUUCAGUCUACGCGGAUAAACGAGAAGUUAACAACAUAUGAGAUCUCUUUCUUAAUCAUCCUCUUUGUCGACUGAAAGAAGUGUUUAUUAUGAACUAUAUAUGAACAAUCUUUUUCAAUUUUUUCACGUUAAAUAAAAUGCAUAUCUCUCAAAAAAUUUGCGUGUACGCAAAAAAGGAAAAGCCUGUGCGCACGUGUGCCACAUGCUAUUUUUUUCAACAACCGUGGGAGAAAAAUAUUUUACACGUUUUUAUACUUUUCCAAAAAAACGUUAUUCUGAUAUGAUGGUUUUCAGCUAAAUUUGGCUACGAUGUCUGUGAUUGGCUAGAGCGCCCCACAGUGGGGAUUGGUCUAAGCUGAUUGGCCAAUC